ACUCAACUUAAACAAAAGACUCGAAAAAAGAAUUACACAAAUCCCUGCAACUCGGGAGUUUUUUUUCUUUUUUGCACAAUUAAAAAUUGAACUUUUAUUCAAACAAAAUUAAAACAAAUUAAAAAAAUCAAAAAAACACAAUGAAUACAGUUCGUCCAUGUGGUUGCAAAGGCUGUCGAACAUGUUUGCUAUGUGAAAAAGAAUUCAAUAUCCUGGACAAACCAUCUUAUUGCAAAUUAUUUCAGGAACUCGAAUCCUUUGUCUAUUGUCCCGAAUGCAAUAAAAUCUAUCCCGGCUGGGAUGUCGAACUCGUCUGUUCCGCACAUCCCGACCACUGUUCCACUUCCACCGACGAAGCUAUCGACUUUCCCGGAAUUCUAGUCAUGCCCAAUUUCCUCUCUGCCAAAGAAGGUGUCGAUGUGCUUCGCAAUUUAGAUGAAGUCCCUUGGCAAGCCUCGCAAUCCGGCCGAAGAAAACAAAAUUUCGGACCAAAGACAAAUUUCAAAAAGAAAAAAAUCCACAAUGGCGAUUUUAAUGGUUUUCCAGCUUUCUCUCGAUUCAUUCAGGAGCGAUUCGAGGGUGUUCCCUUGUUGAGUGGCUUCCAAACAAUCGAGCAAUGUACUCUGGAGUACAGUGCCGAUAAAGGAGCCUCAAUCGAUCCACAUAUCGAUGAUUGUUGGGUUUGGGGUGAGCGGAUCGUGACUGUCAAUUGUUUGGGUGAUUCAGUGUUGACAUUGUCACCUUAUAGCAAUGUGGAUAGGAAGAAAUACAAUUGUGACCUGGUGGAUGAGUACAAGGAUAGUUUGAUAUCGGAAUUGGCUAGCAAUGAGACGUUGGAGAGAUUUUCCAGAUCAGUUAUACGAAUUCCAAUGCCAAACUUAUCAUUAAUUGUACUUUAUGGACCACCUAGAUAUCAAUUUGAACAUGCUGUCUUGAGAGAAGAUAUUAAGGAACGUCGUGUCUGUAUUGCUUACAGAGAAUUUACACCGAAUUACCUUAGAGGAGGCUGCGAAGAGGAGAAAGGCAACGAAGUUCUUGCAAAAGCUCAAAACUUUUGGGACCAUACUAAACUACCAAUUGCAGCUGUAGAUGCUGUUUAGAUUAUUUCAUACAAAUAUAAUAGUUCCUCUCUAUUUUUUUUCUUUUUUCAUAUUCUAAUUUAAAAAAAAUUUAUGUAAAUGUAUUUCAAUGUGUUCCCAGGUCGUUUUAAACUAAAAAAAAGAAGUCAUUAAAGUAAAAAGACCAAA